AUGGAGCAUUGCAAUGUGGACAUUACACCAUGUGAAGCUAGGGUACAACUGUCCAAGAGUGAGGAUGAGCAAGAUGUGGAUCCAACUCAAUAUCGGAGAUUGAUUGGAUUGUUGCGUUAUUUGUGUAAUACGCGACCGGACUUGGCAUUUAGUGUCGAUAUUGCUAGUAGAAUCUUGGAGAGACCUAAGGUAUCUCAUAUGGAAGCGGUCAAGAGAAUCCUUAGAUACAUUAAAGGAACUCUUGGUUGGGGAAUUAUCUUUCCGCCAUCAAAUACGGGCCGAAAAUGCGAUUUACUUGGUUCCACCGAUUCCAAUUGGUGUGGCGAUAAGGAUGAUAGAAAGUCAACGGAUGGAUACAUAUUUAUGUUUGGUAGGACCCCAAUCUCGUGGUGUUCGAAAAAGGAAUCGGUGGUAGCACUCUCAUCUUGUGAGAUCGAGUAUAUUGAGGCGUCGUUAUGUGCUUGUCAAGCCAUGUGGCUUAUGAAUCUAAUGAAGGAGUUAGGUAGAAAUGAGGGUGAUGCUAAUACACUUCUUGUGGAUAAUGUUUCUGCUAUUAACCUUGCGAAGAAUCCGAUUACACACGGAAGGAGCAAGUAUAUAGAGAUGUGA